AUGUCCUCCAGCAAAGACGAGUACGCUCCCUCAACAGUUAGCCGUCGGGGUGACAUCCCAGACUGGAAAUGGAAAGGGAGCCUUGCUGCAAUUUUCUUGACAACUAUCAUUAAUGGUUGGUUCACCAUCCAACACAAAAUCAUCACAAUACUGACGAAGGGAACUUGGUCAGGAUACGAUGUGAGCAAUGUUGCUAAUAUCCAGCCGCGUCUCUAUGAGGCCUUCGGCAACAUCACCCUCCUGCCGUGGAUAAGCCUUUCCUUCAGUCUCGCCAAUUUUGCGGCGCUCUCUUUCUCUCGAAAAAUCCUGUAUUGUUUCGAAAUGCGAUGGGUCUAUCUCGCCAGCAUAGUUGUCUUCAUGGCGGGCGCUGCGGUUGCAGGAGCAGCACAGAACAUGGAUUCUGUCAUUGUUGGACGCAUCAUUAUGGGUGUUGGUGGAGCAGUCGUUUACCAAAGGUUCGUUGAACGCCUGGUCCGAUAUUCAUAUCUCGAUCAUCCGUUAACCAGAAAUAGCAAUCUGACCUUUGUCGCUGUCUUCGCUACUCCCACGGAGACCCCUCGACUCUUCGGCGUACUGGGUGCGCUGUGGGCAGUAGGCCUUGUGAUAGGAGGGCCUAUAGGAUCCGCUUUCGCUGCCAAUGAUCAUGCAACAUGGCGCUGGGCACUGUACUUGAACCUCCCUUGUGCUGGCUUAGGUCUGCUUGUCGCAUUGGUCUGUUUCCCUCGCAAAUACUUAGGGCCUGACGUCCCGGUGACCGCGCGCAUCGCAGCGGUGGACCCGAUUGGGAUUGUGCUCAACAUGGGCGCUCCAACUCUGCUGGCUCUUGCGCUAGAAUUCUCCGGCUCGGUAUGGGCUUGGAGGUCAGGAGCGUCCAUUGCAUGCUGGGUCGUGUUUGGCGUCGUUCUGGUCGCAUGGGGCGUCCAACAAUAUUGGUGUAUUGGCACAAGUCCCGAUCAACGCGCUAUUCCCGUCCAUCUACUCACCCGCGUCGAUCUCCUGCCCCUGUGGAUUGCAUCGGGAUGCGCAGGUGCGUCCUAUGCCGUGACAUUGUAUUAUCUGCCGUUGUUCUUUGCCUUUGCCCGAGGAUACAGCGCCCUCGAGCAGACUGUUCGUCUUCUCCCGUUCAUUUUGGUGUUCAUCGCUGUGGUGAUGUUGGUUGGCGGACUGCUGCCCAUUUUUGGCCGGUACAACAUUAUAUACAUUGUGGCGGGCAUCGCGACCGUUGCGGGGGCUGGUGUCAUGGCAGCAACAUUGAGUCCUAGUGUGUCUGAAGCUCAAGUGUUGGGGUUGGAGGCUCUUAUCGGUGUCGGCCUUGGGUGUUCGUUCCAGCAUGGUGUCGGAAUCUCGAAUGUCAUCAAUAAAGAGCCACGGGAUCGAGUGGACAGUGCCGUUAUAUUCAACAUGGCGCAGAUGGGCGGCAUUGCCAUUGUCUUGGCCGUGGCAGGGUCCAUCUUCCAGAACGUUGGCUACAACAUGCUGGUGGAUGCUGUUGGGACCGGUGAAUACUCUCAAAGGGACUUGCGCGAAGCGCUCGCAGGUGUUUCGUCCGUGGUGUGGCGGUCGAGUGAUCCGGAGAUUGUGUCACGCGGAGUUGAGGCAGUUGCUGAGGUGAUUGCACGCGAGUUUUAUCUGGUCGUGGGAGGUGGUGCAGUCUGCCUUGUCUGUGGGUUGCUAAUGAAGCGGCAGAGACUGGAAUAUGGUAGACAGAAGGAUGCAGAGAACAAAGGUUGA